AUGACAGACAACCUCAAUCUACCGGCUGAAGAGGUAGAAAUACCAUUCUCAAUCCUAGAUACAGAUCUAUACAAGCUUACCAUGCAGAAUGCCGUCUUGCAUCAUUUCUAUGACGCCCAAGUUAUCAUCAAAUUCACCAAUAGAUCACCUCAGAUGCUAUUCAAUAGAGAAUGUUUCGAUUGGGUCAAAGGCCGUGUACUUCGACUCGGAGAACUUCAAUUACAACCACAUGAAAGAGAAGCCUUGAAAUCCUCUUAUCCAUGGUUCUCCGAUAAAUACUUAGAUUAUCUCGGAUCAAUGCGACUUGAUCCUAUAAACCAGGUCGAACUUUCUUUUUACCCUAAUAAGGACCCUGAAGAUGGUAGAUUUGGUGAGAUUGGGAUAGUGAUCAAGGGGCCUUGGAGGGACACAAUUCUGUAUGAAGUACCCAUUAUGUCAAUUUUGAGUGAAGGAUACUUUAAAUAUGUAGAUACAGAUUGGAAUUACGAUGGACAAUUUGAACUCGCCAAAAGGAAGGCCAUAGACUUGCUUUCCCCUCCAUCGGGAGUAUCACCUUUAAUCUUCUCAGAAUUCGGUACGAGACGACGAAGGUCUUUCAGGGCGCAGGAUACAGUCAUCAGAGGGUUGAUAGCUGGAUAUGAGGGGUGGAAAAGCAAUGGUGGAAAAGGUGGAUUGCUCGCUGGGACAAGUAAUGUGUACUUGGCGUUAAAGUAUGGGUUGAAACCUGUCGGUACGAUCGCCCAUGAAUGGAUCAUGGCUAUUGGAGCUACAUUUGGGUACCAGGGAGCUAAUGGUAGAGCUAUGGACAUGUGGGAGGAAGUCUAUCCACCUGGACCUGGCGGGGCACCAUUAACAAUGUUAACCGAUACAUACACCGCUCAAGCCUUUUUCGCCGAUUUCAUAUCCAACCCCGAACGAGCACUUCGAUGGUCAACUCUACGACAGGAUUCAGGAGACCCAUUUGAAUUUGUCAAAUCAGCUAAAGAACAUUGGAAAAUUGUAGAAGACAAAGCUGGUGUAGUGCGAAAGAAUGAUGAGGAAAUUGGCAAAGGGAAAAGAGUUAUCUUCAGUGAUGGGUUGGAUGUAGAGAAAUCUGUGGAGUUGCAGAAGGGAUGUGAUGAAAUUGGUAUAGCUGCUUCCUUCGGUAUAGGAACAUUCUUAACGAACGAUUUCAAAAAAUCCACCAAUCCAUCCGAAACUUCCAAACCACUGAAUAUAGUGAUCAAGCUCAACCAGAUAGGUGGAAAGAACUGUGUCAAAUUGUCCGACGAUAAAGGCAAGUAUACCGGUGAUGUCGAAGAAGUGAAACGAGCACAGGAGGAAUUGGGGCUACCUCAUGAACAUGAAGAGAAGCGAAGGGGAUGA